ACAAAUGUCAGUGCUUCUAGAUAGUGUUCCAUGACAUAAUUUUUUGUCUUUUUUGCAUUGGCCACAAUUUUUUUUUAUUUUUUGUGAAACUUUAUGCACGCACAUAGAACAUGGAGGCGUACCCCUGUAACUUUUUUCAGAUUUUUUUAUUAUUUUAAAAUGUGUUUUUCAAGUGGGUUCAUAUGUAUCUGGAUUCAUCCAUGCACUUCUCAAGUAAAUAUACACAAGCAUUAGGAUGGCCUAAUUGGUUAGUGUGGUCCUUCUUAGACCAAGAGGUGUUGAGUUUGAUUCACACGCCGUGAGGAAUAAAAAUGGCGCUGUGUAUAUGUACACAGGCCGUGUAUCGGCGCGGGUGAAAAGACUAUCCUACCUUUUUUAUUAUGAUGAAGGGGUAUAGAGAGAUCUCAGCCGUCAAUGUGUUUAGGGGGUGUACCGAAGCAAAAGUGUUGAGUUUAAAAUAAACUUUUUUAAAACACAAAAUUGAGUUUAAAAUGAAGAUAUUUUCCAAAGACAGUACUUACGGGGAUAGAUAGACGUGCAAGAUAUUCUUUUUUUAGGAGACGUGCAAGAUCUUUUCCAAAUAUGAGAUUCUUUCUCCGGCCCAACCGUGGAUUUCCAGUUUUCCUCCCAUGUAUGCGCAGUUAUAGGCUUUCCCGAAACCGGAUAAAGAUACCGCAGACUUUGAACAGAGAUUGUAGCAUGCUUUGAAUACCCCGCACAAGAUCAGUCUCCAGAUAACCCCAACAAGAACAAAGAUCUCUUUCCGCACAACAUACCACACGGGCGUGCCUAUACCAUUUAAACGAUCCUACCUACCGACUUAUAUUUUCGCACGUAACCUACGCAGUGGCAUCCCAAAUUCCACCGGUGGAUAGACCUAAGAUAGAUCUCCCCUAGGCAAUCCCAUGAACGGCCGCAUCGACGCCGCGGAGGAAGCGCGCCACCGGCAGGUGAUGGACUGCCUCGGCGUGUACGACGCCGACUGGGCGCUGUCAAGGGUAUUGGAGCAGUCUGACGUCCAGGCGGGGCAGAACCGGUUGCUCUUCACAGAGGAGGCUGUGCGGGGUGGCUUCAUCCCGGAGGUCUUCCUGGAGCUGGAGGAGCUCCGCGACGACAGCCUGAACGCCGAGAACAGAGUCUUGGUCAAGGUCCUCGACGCGGAGGGCCGUGAGAAGGAGGUGAGCCUCCCCUACCUCAACUCCAGCAAGGUGUACCGGGUCAUCGGCUUCGAUUGGAGGCGGCUCGUGGAAGAGAACCGCAUGUGCAAGGGAGACCGUCUCGAUUUCUACACGUGCAGGCGCGGCGAUGGCGACCGGUGCCUCUUUGUGUUCAGGAGCAAGGGUGGUGGC